GAUAGGGGAGUUUAUGCAGUACGGAAGACGGAGCAAACAAAGAUGAGCCCUGGAGUUCCGAAUUUUGAGAAUCACACAAAACAUCACAUGAUUAGGAUAACGUGCGCAUGCACCUGAUAUCAAAGCACAUGACCUGCAUAACCCAUAAACUUUUCAGCCAAAUUUUUCAACGAUUUGGGACUACUGAUAAGCCAAAGAACUUCAAGUCACCACUUAGUCGUAGAAGAUGGCAGGAAAGAAAGGUACUCCGAUCUUCUCAUCGAGGGAAGACGCUAAUUUCCGAGAGGCGUUGAAAUUGUUUGAUUCCAAGCAAUAUAAGAAAGCGUUGAAAUUAGUUGAAGCCAAUUUGAAGAAGAAUUCUAGUCAUUCUGAAUCAAUAGCCUUAAAGGGAUGUUGUUACUAUCAUACAGGGAAUCAAGAUGAAGCCGAGGCAUAUAUUUUAAAAGCGGUACAGAAGAGUCCCGAAAAUUAUUUGGUUGAUCAUUUAGCAGGAAUUUAUUAUAGAUCAGUUGAAAAUUAUGAAGAAGCAGCUAAAUGGUUAAAACAAUCUAAUGAUAAUGGAUCUCCUAAUAAACCUAUAUUAAGAGAUUUAUCAUUUAUGCAAACUCAAAUUAGAGAUUAUAAAAAUUUAAAGGAUUCUAGACAACAAUAUUUAGAGAAUCAACCUGGUUUUAGAGCUAAUUGGACUGGUGUUGCAGUUGCUCUUCAUCUUAAUAAAGAAUAUUCUAAUGCUGUUUCUACAUUAGUAAAAAUAGAAGGAAUUAUUAAGGAUUAUCUUACUGAAGCAGAUAGAUAUGAACAAAGUGAAUGUGUAUUAUAUAAAAAUUCCAUUAUUGCUGAAUCAGGAGAUAUCUCUAAAGCUCUUGAAACUUUAGAAUCUGAUAAAGAUGAAAUUAGAGAUGGAUUAUCAUUUUUAGAGUAUAAGGCCAAAUAUUUAUUAAUGUUAGGUAAAAACCAAGAAGCUUCAGUUGAAUAUCGUAAAUUAUUACAAAGAAAUCCUGAUAAUGUUGGUUAUUAUAAUCUUUUAGAAGUUUCCUUAGGAUCAAUUAGUAAACCAAUUGAUACUAGAAUUAAACUUUAUAAUAGAUUAAGUAAAUUCUAUCCUAAAUCAGAUCCUCCUAAAUUCUUACCUUUAACAUUUGUUCCUGGUUCUCAUGAAUCAUUUAAAGAUUUAGCUAAAGCAUAUAUUUUACCACAAUUACGUAGAGGAGUACCUGCAACAUUUGUUAAUGUUAAACCAUUAUAUAAGAAUCAUAAGAAAUUAAAGGCUAUUGAAUCAAUUGUAUUAGAAUUCUUUGAAAAUGAUAUUAAACAAUUAGAUCCAACAGUAUUUGUAUGGACUAAAUACUUUUUAGCUCAACAUUAUUUAUAUCUUAAUGAUCUUAAAAGUGCUAGUACUCAUAUUGAUGAUGCUAUAAAUCAUUCACCUACAUUAGUUGAACUUUAUAUUAUUAAAGCCAAGAUAUUAAAACAUCAAAAGGAAUAUAUUAAAGCUAGUGAAAUCAUGAAUGAAGGUCGUGAAUUAGAUUUACAAGAUAGAUUUAUUAAUACUAAAGCUACUAAAUAUUAUUUUAGAGCCAAUAAAGUUGAUGAAGCUAUUGAAUGUAUAUCAUUAUUUACUAAAAUUGAAGAUGGAAGUGUUAAUGGAAAUAAAGAUUUACAUUUAAUGCAAGCUAAUUGGGCAUUAGUUGAAACUGCAGAAGCUUAUACUAGAUUAUAUCAUGAAUAUCAACUGAAAUUAAGUGAAUUAAAGGAAUCAGAAGAAUCUAAUGAAGAAGUUGAAAAGGAACUUGGAGAAAAUAUUGAGUUAUAUCGAGGUUUAGCAUUAAAGAGAUAUAAUUGGAUUAUUAAAAUCUUUAAGACUUAUUAUAAUGAUCAAUAUGAUUUCCAUUCUUAUUGUAUGAGAAGAGGUACUCCAAGAGAUUAUAUUGAAACUUUGAAAUGGGAGGAUAAGAUUCAUACAACUCCUAUAUAUAUUAGAGUAUUAAAGGGAUUAAGUAAUAUCUAUUUUGAAUUAUAUAAUGAACAAUUAUUAGCCAAAGCAGAAGAAGAAGACGAUUCAUCAGCUACUAAAAAACAAAAGAAUAAGAAACAAAAGAAAGUUAAAGCUCAAGCUAAUAAGAAGAGAUCAGAAUUAAUAGCUAAAGUUGAAGCUGAAAAGGAUGAUACUGAUCCUCUUGGACAAAAAGUUGUUAGUGAUUUACUUGACUCUGAUAUUAUUGAAAGUUUAUUUGUUCUUAUUAAACCAUUAAUUGAUGAAGGUAAAGAUUUAAGAUUAACAUGGGAAGUAUUAUUUAAGAUUUAUUUAAUUCAAGGUAAGUAUGUAUUAGCCUUACAAGCCAUUAAGAAUUUGAAUAGAAUUCUUAGUAGAAAUGAACCAAUUAAAUUAGCCAGUAUUGGUACUAGAGUUAUUGAAUUAUCGGAUACUUUAGCUAAAGAUAAUAAUGUUAAUGUUGCAAUUGCUAAAGUUGUUGAAAAGGGUAUCAAUAGUGCAUUCCCAGAAUUUGAACAAUUAUCUAAAUCAGAAUUCUUACAAAUCUAUAGUAAAUAAGUAAACUUCUAUGUAUAUAAUCCUAAU